AUAAAAAUUCUGUGGGUCUGUCAGGAGAGAACGAUAAGAGAAAAUGACUCUCGUCUGUUAUUGGCAAACUCGUAUAGAGGCUCAGCAAGUAGAAAUUCUUAAGUGAAUAAGCGAAGCAGCCGCAAAGGAAAUGAGGUUUAUUUUAAGCAUAUCUGAAAAUACGCUGGCGACGUGUCUUUAGGAUGUAACUCAGUCCUGUGUUACUGUGCGAGAUAUCAUGGCCACAGUUCGGUCUCUCUCGUUAGGAAUUUUCUUAGCGGGUAUCACCUCAGAUAUACUCGGAGUUUCCGCCUGGGAUCCCAGAGUUCAGCAGUAUGUGGGAUAUGAUCUUGAGAAAGGACCUGUACUUUACGAGGCGUAUUAUCCGGACGAGCAGACUGGCAAUGAGAAACAGAAGAGCCCUUACCAGGAGAAACGAUACUUUGAUCGUGGCACAGUUUUGGAAAGAUCUUACCAGCUUCCGGAAGAUCCAUACGAAAUUCCUUACGGUAGCAUAAAUGCUAAACCGUCGCAGAGUCAACUUCAAUCCCAAGCUUAUGAACGAUCAAACUUGCCCUACACUGUGGGCAGCGACAGGAGUGAUCAGAAUGGCAUGGCACCCACUGAGUAUCCUAGGGACUUCCCAGCCUCCAAUAACGAGCCAGGAGAUGGAUUGAACGUUCCAUCGGGUAAUCCUGCCUACGAGCAAGAAUCUCGAAAUUAUUUAAGAGGAAAAAUAGAAAACGCUGAAUACCUGGUACCAAUACGUAUCCCAUACAUAAGAGAGCUACCAGCUACAUACUCUGUUCCUGCUGAUGAGAUCAUCUUUGGGGAACCUUACUCCGUCGAGGAAGGCCAGGUUGAAGCUUUUGGUAACAGCUUCGACGAUCCAAGGAGUCGUGAAUACGCAUCGCGAAGAAGGGAACUGAAUCCAAUUCCACGGAGAGGCUCGAAUCUAGAAAAUUUACAAUUGAGAAACGGUGAAGUUCGUUCGAUGGAUACAAAUUUUCGAGAUUCACCGCGAUACGGCGGAACAGACUUACGGAAAGUAUAUAACGAGAAUUAUAAAGAAUUUCGAGAUUCACCUGCUGAUCCCGUGCCGAUGGAAAAUAUAUUCGCGCCUCGUCCUCAGGUAAUUAACUACGUGCUUUCCCCAGUGAAGAAAUCAGAUUCCACGAUUUCCACGGCGAUGCCGAAAAUUUCGACGCCAAGAUCCGAGGAUUAUCAGCGGCCACGAAAUUACGGGGACAAUUUGAUCAACGAUCAAAUUAUAAGGGAGGAGGAGAACGAGCUGAAAAGGGACGAAGCCAGGGUAGCGUCCAUUGAGGUUAGCGAAGUCCCGCGUCAUAAGACACGUCAUCAUCACGGAGAACGGCCGAGACGCAAUUACUCUCAGCGUUAGUUUUAUUAGCGUGACGAAAACCGUCCCAAAAUAAUACACUCGAUCAUUUUGUAAUUUGCAUUUAAUUUAAGAUUAUAAUUUAAGAAAUAUCAAUUAUGAGACUUGUCGUUGCAAUGCUUAUUUUUUCAAAUUUCUAAUACGACCAAUUGCUUCGCUUAAGCUUUACAUGUAAAACUGUAGAAACGACAAAUAAAUGAAUGACGAACCGCA